UUGAAAAAUGAAUUGAGCAUAUAUAGAUUUAUUAUAUUUGAGAAAAACAAAUAUAUAUUAAUAAAGAAAAUUUUAUACAAAUUUUUGCAUACUCUUAAAAUAUUAAAAUAUUAAAAUAUUUAUUAUAUUUAUAUUUAUAAUAUAAAUAUUUAAAAUUAUAUCUUACAUCUUACAUUUUAAUAUGAUUCCAUGUGAACAAGAAUUUAAUAAAAUAACCUUGCUUUAGUUAAGUUUAGUUACCUAUACUUACCUUUGUGACAGAGAGGCAUUGAUAUGUACUUUAUAUUUUUUUUGAGAUUGUCAUAAUUCAAAGACAGUUUAUUUUUUAUUUAUUAUUUGAACUUUUUGAUAUAUUUUAUCUAUGAUAUUAUAAAAUCUUUAUUAUAUUAAUAUUUUUUUACUAUUACGGCUAAUUUACAGUUUUUACAAAUUAUUUUUAAGUGUUUAUAAAUUGUUUCUUAAUGAUCAUAAAAUAAUUACAUACAUAAUUAAAAGUAAAAAUGAAAUAUUUAUGAAAUGAUAAUUUAGUAAUAUGGAUAAUUCUAAGGAUUUGCUUACUAAAGUAGCUCUUGUAGAGCGUAAUAUUAAACCACAAGGUAUUCUGCUAAAUGAUCCAGAAUCAGUAGCUAAAACAUGUCAACAAGAUUUAAUUACAUUGGCAACAGAAAUUGAAAAAGCAGAUAACUUUAUCAAAGCAAAUGCCUGUAGCAAGUUGCAAAUAAUUGUUGAGCAAAUAAAAGCUCUAAAGAAACAGGCUGAAAAUAUCCUCACAGAAGCAGAUUGGAAUAUGAAAUUACAUCAUGUUUCUUGUAAUUUUGUAAAACAUCCUGGACAUGUAUAUCAUUUGUAUCAAAGAGAAACUGGACAAUUAUACUUUUCAAUGAUUAGUCCAGAAGAAUGGGGUAAUUCUGGACCAAUUCAAAUUUACAAAGGUUCCUACAGAUUAGAACAUGAUCGUUCAUGGACAUCUUUAGAGGAAAUUGAUAAAAAAAAUAAAGAAAUAACUAUGUUGGCCAAUCUUUGGUCUAAUAUUUCAACACCUACUUAUAAAAGUCUUGAUUUAAAUGCAGUAUUUAUGAAGACAAUAUUCUGAUUCUUUCACUGUGUUUUUUACAUGGGACUUCAUGCAAAUGAUUACAUCAGGGAAAAUAAAAUUAUCAUCAAAUGAUUAAUGAACACUCAAUUUCUUCAACAAAAUAUCUGUAGAAGUUUAAUCUAAAAAUGAUCGAAAGAAUUCAGUGAAGCAGUACAGACUAUUACCAUGAACCACUGUGACUUUAUUUUAAUUUUUUAUGAUAGCGCAUGCGUCAUGUUGUAUUUACUCUAUGUGCUAAAACAAAACAAUUUUUUUAUUAAUAUUUGCAAAAAUAAUAAUUAAGAUUAUAAAAUAUUUUCGUAAUUCUUACAUGGUAAUGGUAUUCUGACUGGUGCAUUAUCUUUUACUAUGCAUUCAUGUGUUUGAUUACGAAAUAGAUAUUGUAUUAAUAAUUGUUUCUCUUCUCCUACACAUGGAUCAUAAAAUCCUGGAAGUUCGCUCUGCAAUGUUAAAAUUUAUAUUUUACGAUAAAAAAGAUGAACUAAUUUUAAUGUAAGUAAUUUUAUAUAAUACCUUAGAUGCAUCAUAAAGAAUUAACUUUGAAUCCUUUACUAAACAUUGUAAAGGAAUAGUUACAUCUAUUACUUCAUCUCUAUGUAUGGGUCGUUGAUCUGAAUUAUACUGAUCUUGUUGAGGAUAAACAAAUCUUCCAUAUAAAGCUUUUGAGAUAAUUAAGCCCUUCUUUGAUUCUUCCGUAGCUCUUAUCCUACUCACAGUGGCUUUCAUUAAUUUAGUUGCACUCUCUGCUUCUUUCUGCUUUUCCAUCAUUCUCGUUUUAUUUACUUCCUUUUCUUUCUCCUUUUCACGCUCUUCUCGUUUUUUUACCAUGGGAUCUAUCACAAUUUUUUUCAAUAUGACCCAUGUCAUUAUUGGAACUACAGUAGCAUAGAACACAGUGGCUGGAAGAACUUCAUCACUAAGAUGAAUAGGAAAUGCAUAAGUUUGAAAGGAACGGUUCAAUUUAAGUUUUAACAUGACUCCUGUUGGUACUCCAGCAGAUACUGUUGCAGAUAGUCUAGUGUGUCGCGAAAUUUUUUUUUCCGCGCCAUAUUCUACAACUAAUCCAAAUGUACCAGCUCUAUAAUUAACAAAAUAUUAUAAUUUGCAUAUAUUAUUUGAAAACACUAUAUACUAUAUACUAUACAAUAAUGUAUACAAUAUGAAUGUACAAUUAUGUAUAUAAUUAUGAAUAAAAUAAUUUGUUAAUACUAACUUUA